AUGCUAUACAAGGCGGCAGCGGAGGGUCGCAGCGAACUUGCCCGAAUACUACUGGAUAAUGGCCGUAUCGACCUCAGGGACCCGUCUCACCUUGGCAUCAAAUCCUUGAACAUCGCGCUUUGGCAAUAUCAGGAGGAGACAGCCAUCAUGAUCGCGGAUAAGUACCGAAAAGAAGGCCUCAAGAUUGAGAAGGGUUUGAAAGCUCUUCUAAUGGCCGCAAGAUUUGGGUUACCCGACUUAGUCGAGUCGCUCAUGAAGGCUGGUACUUUUCAUUCGUAG